GCAGCCAUACUUCAAAAAAUUCAAAACACCCUGGAUUAGUGCUGAAGACAUGAUCAAACUUGGCGAAAUGAACUCCAUGAUGACCGCACUGUACGUGUGUGAUCUGGACCCUAAAGUGACCGAGUCCAUGAUCGUGGAGAAAUUCAGCUCUGCAGGACACGUUCACUCCGUCCGUCUCUGCAGGGACAGAAAGACCGGCUCUUCCCUCGGUUAUGCUUUCGUCAACUUUAAGCAUCGAGCCGACGCUGAGAGAGCAGUGAAAAUGCUCAAUUCUCAACCCCUUAUGAAGCGGCCCAUGCGCGUCAUGUGGUCCGUGAGGAACAGCUGCGUAGGAAAACUCAUUGUCAAGAAUCUGGACUGGUCCAUUGACGACGCGGCCCUUUUUGACGCCUUCUCUGUUUUUGGGAAGAUCCUUUCAUGCAAGGUUGCCACUAAUGAGAAGGGCUCCAAAGGGUUCGGCUUUGUCCAGUUCGAGACUGAGGAGGCAGCAAACAGAGCGAUGAAGAAGCUCAAUGGGAAACUUCUGCACAAGCGUAAAGUGUUUAUUGAGCUCUUUAAGCCCCGUGAGGAGCGCAGGGCUGAGGAGCAGAACCACAAGCUGGUGAACGCUGGCCAAGCUCAGACUAAACAAGAGGAACAGACUCAACACAAUAACAAGAAUAAACAGGUGAAGACGGAGAACGGACGCUCAAAAGGUUUUGGCUUUGUGUGCUUUGCGUCUCCCACGGAUGCCAUGAAGGCCAAACAGGAGAUAGACGGCAGAAUAUGGGGCAGGAAGAAUGUGCAUGUGGACGUGGUUCAGCACAAAGAGGAGCGCCAGGCUUCCCUUCCCCAUAAGACAAAUGGCACCGCUAAACCAUCGACCCGUCAGAUGCCACAUGCCGUUCCUGUGGUGGACAGUGUCCCUGCUGUCAACACUGUUCCUGUGGUGGACAGUGUCCCUGUUGUCGACACUGUUCCUGUGGUGGACAGUGUCCCUGUUGUUGACACUGUUCCUGUGGUGGACAGUGUCCCUGUUGUUGACACUGUUCCUGUAGUGGACAGUGUCCCUGCUGUCAACACUGUUCCUGUGGUGGACAGUGUCCCUGUUGUCGACACUGUUCCUGUGGUGGAUAGUGUCCCUCCUGUUGACACUGUUCCUGUGGUGGACAGUGUCCCUCCUGUUGACACUGUUCCUGUGGUGGACAGUGUCCCUGUUGUUGACACUGUUCCUGUGGUGGACAGUGUCCCUGUUGUUGACACUGUUCCUGUGGUGGACAGUGUCCCUGCAAGUUCUCAGGAUGUACCCACAUAUCUACCAGCUGGGAAACGCCUGACUAUCUACAUACUGGAAUCGGCUGCGUUAGAGGACCAGAUCCAGAUGGCGCAUGACUACCUGCUGCCACUAGUUGAGAAAAUCCACCCGACUCAGGCGAAUCAGAUCACGUGGAUGCUUGUUCAAGCCGAGAACAACUACAACAUUAUGGACAUGAUCGGAGAUCCCGAGCUUCUGCGUGCCAAGGUGGAUAAAAUGGACAGGCUGCUGAAGGCCAGGGAAGCUGGUGUCAAGCCGGAAAAGCUGAAGAUGCUCUUCGGCGACCUCAGCAAGAAGAAGAGAAGGAAGAAGAGAAAGAACAAAUAAGCAUUGUACAGAUAUAAAAUAUA